AUGGACGUCCGUAGGAGAAGGCGUCGGCACUGGGCGAAGGACAGUGAUUUUUGUGCUGUGAAAAAGGAGAAUGAAAGAAAAGAGUGCACAGUAGCAGAAUUGAACGCUGGCGUUAGCCUCAACACCCUGAUACACAUAGAAUUAAGAGAUCGAUGCAGAUCUCGCAGCUUUAGGAAUCUUGAUGAUGCCUUAGCCCUCUUUGAUAGAAUGCUUCACAUGCACCCUUUGCCUUCCAUUGUCGAUUUUAAUCAAUUGCUGGGUGCAAUCGCAAGAAUGAAGCAUCACUCAACUGUUAUUACUCUUAUUAAAGAAAUGGAACUGUCAGGAAUUGCUCCCAAUGUUUAUGUUCUGAGUGUUUUGAUUAAUUGCUUCUGCCAUUUGAACUGGGUGGAUUUUGGCUUCUCUAUUUUAGCAAGAAUUUUGAAGCUUGGUUUUCAACCGGACUGUAUAAUACUAAACACUCUUGUCAAGGGGCUUUGUCUUGAGAGUAAAAUUGUUGAAGCUGUGAAGUUGGUUAACAAAAUGGAGAAUAUAGGCUAUAAACCAAAUACAGUUACCUACGGAACGGUAAUGAAUUGUUUGUGUAAAAUAGGUAAGACAAAUGAAGCUGUUGGGUUGCUUCGGAAAAUGGAAGAAAGAAAUCUUGAACUUGAUGUAGUGCUGUAUAGCACAAUCAUUGAUAGUUUAUGUAAGGGCAGAUUGGUAACUGAGGCUUUGACUCUUUUCUCUGAAAUGACAAAUAGAGGAAUUCAGCCAGACGUUGUCACUUACAAUUCUUUAAUUCAGGGCCUAUGCAAUUUCGGUUAG